ACUGUGUCAGUGGAAUCAUGAUCUACUGAAUCCACGUGACUUCAACACCUACACGGAUGCUAUAUCGAAUAUAGGGGCUGCACUACAAAAUUGUUUCGGGUUUAUAGACGGAACGAUUAGACCGAUAUCCAGACCCUCGCAACAACAAAGAAUAAUGUUCAACGGCCACAAAAGGGUUCACUCCUUGAAGUUUCAGUCCGUAACUUUACCAAAUGGUUUGAUAGCCAACCUGUUUGGCCCAGUUGAAGGUAGAAGGCAUGAUGCAGGGAUACUUGCAGACUCUAAGCUACUCGACAGUUUGGAUCAGUAUGCAUUUAACACAAAUGGAGACCCUGUCUGCCUUUAUGGGGACCCAGCUUACCCAAUACGAGUGCACCUACAGGUUCCAUUCAGACAGAAUGCUAUUACUCCAGCAAUGGAAGCUUUUAAUAGCUCCAUGAGCUCCGUAAGGGAAUCAGUAGAGUGGACCUUUGGUGAUGUUUCCAAGUCGUUUAAGGCCUUAGAUUUUUAAAGUAAUCUAAAAAUUGGUUUGAGUUCAGUUGGCAAAAUGUACUUAGUCUGUGCACUCAUUCAAAAUGCAAUCACAUGUUUAUACAGAAACCUGACAUCGAACUUUUUUGAAAUUGAACCUCUUUCCCUGCAUGAUUACUUAAGAUAAGACCAGAUAGUUAAAGCAGCAGUACAUGGCAUGAAUAAUUUAUUCUUGUCU